UAACCUCUGGGCCAAACGACACCAGUCUGACAAACACAACGCUUCCGGUGUGUACGUGUAAAUACAAUCAGAUUCGUCAGUGUACGUGUGGAAACGGACCGCUAGUUUGUAAUCGUCUGUUUCUGACACUUUCCUUCCGGAUUUUGAACAUUUAGCGACGCUUGGCUGUGAUGUUAUGACGCAACACGUGUUGUUAGGGAAUUAUUGGUGAGCUCUUUGGAUUGUAUCAUUUGUAUUUUGAAAGACAUUCGGAUUGGCAAAUGAGCACAUCAGCACAAACGGAACAGGCCUAGAUCUCCGAUAGUAUACCUGUUUGUUUAGUGUGACAUUCGUUGCGUGGUAGUGCCGGUGUACUUGAAAAAAACAACUGCAUAAUUGUUUUGCUGGCGUUCACACCGAAGGUGAUGCAUAUAACAACCAUGUAUGCUGGAACAUAAUAAGCAACUUUCCUGGAGAAGGCUUGGCAAUUUGUUGCUGUGAGUUUGUAGAUUUCAUGACAUUGUCUCGGAAAUAAUUUAUUCUGCGGGAGUCGACCACGUAUUGAGCAGUACUCGUUCCCUGGAUGACGUUCAUAAUGAAGAAGAAGAAGUACAAGUUCAGUGUGAGCUUUGAGUUGGUGGAAUUGUCCUCGAUACCUCUCGUCAAUGGAGUAUUAUUCAGUAAAGUAAGACUUCUGGACGGAGGCAGCUUUGCACAGUUAACGUCACGGGAGGAGGUGUCGGACCAUUCAGUGAAAUGGGGAGCCACGCUCAGCUUCACCUGUCGGAUGAGCGCUAAUGCAUCCACGGGGAUCCUGGAGCCUUGCCAUUGCCGCGUGUCCGUCCGAAAGGAGGUCAAAGGUGGCAAAUCUUACGUCAAGUACGGUUUUGCAGAUGUCAAUCUGGCAGAGUAUGCAGGCUCAGGUCGCAUGACAAGGCGGUAUCUGCUUGAAGGAUACGACACGCGGAGAUUAGACAACAGUAUUCUUAAGGUUAACAUAGACAUGACGUUAUUAUCCGGAGAUCCGUGCUUCAAAGCGCCGGAUGUGGUACAGAACUUCCUGCCAGGAGAGGUUAAGAAAGAUGAGAAGCCCAAGUCCAGCCUGCGAGGGAAUGACUUCAUGGGCAUGGGCAGUCUGGUCGGUGACAGCAGCGCAAGAAGCCGGCAAGGCAAGCCAAGACCAAACAUCCUGACUUCAGGUCUAGUAUCGUCUGCUGAGCCAGGCGCAGUCGUCGUCGUUGAGGACGAGACGUUUGAGCAGGGCCAUUCCCGCAGCUCCAGCUACAACAGCCAGCAGUCCCGGGCCAGUGGCUACAGCAGUACUCACUCCCGCUCCUCCAGUGCCACCGAGCAUUUCUCCAGCGCCCAGAGCCUGACGGACCUGCCGGAGCACGAGGAGCCCAAGGAGUCCUGGAAGGGCACCAAUGAGAGACGGAGGAAACAUGCGGAGGAAUCCCAACAGCAGAGGCGGGUGGAUGACACGCGAGUGAAUGCCGAUGAGAUCAUCGAUGACAUCAUGAGCAAGCAAGACUUCCAGGCAGACGAAAGCGCAGGAGAUGAAGGGCUUCAGUUAUUCAUUGCCAAAGAUGGCUCGACAGCACUUGGGAGCAACCAACUGAAAAACAGAAUGUCGGCGGGUGUGUUUGAACAAGUUGUCAUCGACCAAAGGUAGUCCGGCAGAAUGCGCCCCUCCAUGUAGUCAUGUGACCAUUCAUACCAUGUGACGAGUCAUGUGAUCAUUUAGCUCCCUGUUGGCCAGUCAUGUGGCAUCAUAAUAGUGUGACAAGUCAGGGGACCAGAUCUCCCUGGUUGGAGUAACUGCACUUGCACCAGGAGCAGCAGGUGCUUGUCCUCGGACUGGUGCAAGGUCUUGCAUUGGCUGUUGUCUGAAAAUGUGGUUUGACAAUUUGGUGGAUGCGAAUCAGAUUGUAAUAUGUACAUGUAAGACCUAAAUCAUGGCAAGUUGCCAGGUGACAUUUCAUGUGAUCUCUCAGGUGAUCUUUCAUUCAUUUAAGAUAUAACUUCUUUAAGGAAUAAUGGAUGACCUACUCUUUUUUUUUUAAAUGUCAACACCAUGCUCAAUCGGUGCAACACCAUCAUGAUGUAAAUUGCAUCUCUGUUCUCAAAAACUUAAAUGAAACUUCCAGAGAAUUUUUGAAAAGUGCUUUGUUCUCGACCCAAAGUUUUAGAGAGGUUGCAAUACAGUUGACGGGUUAACUGACCUGCAGAUGGUGAAAGUCUGUGUUGUUUGUAAAUUCUUCACAUCAAAAGGCUUUGGAUGCUGAUAACAUGUGAUUUUGUCCCAAAAGACACCUUUUUUAAAAUCUGUCUGGCUGGAAGAUUGUAUAAAUUUAUUCAUAAAUUAACAGCUAUUCAGAUUUGGUGUGUCUUUUGCCUGAUUAUAAAGAAUCAGUAAUUAUAAAAAAAAAAAAGCCCCUGGAUAUUAUUUUGAUUUUCCUUUGUAAGAUUAUAUUGCUGGGCAACUGUUGCUUUUUAAGAUAUCAAAGGAUUUUAAUUUUUUUUUCUUCAAAAUUGACUGAAGGUACUUCCAUAAGUUUGUGAUUAGUGUAAAAGAAAGAGUUUAGGCGAAGGGGUUCAUGUUUUAAAGUGAAAUGGUUUCGCCAGUCAAGUUGGAAGUAGAGGUCAUGUUAUCCCUGGCUUGAACAUUUAUGGAAGGGAGACGUUUAGUUUGGUACAUUUGAAGUGAUUGAGUUCCUAGCUAAGGGGUGAAAACCGGGGGGCUCUUGACUGGGAUUUCACCUGAUCACCACGAACUGCUACUUUGUUCAUAAAACUGACACGAUGGACAAAUUGACGAUGGAAUGUUUUCAUGUGAAGCCAUAUUGCCAGACAGGUCUUAAGAGCUUCUCAUCGUAUAUGAUCUAGUCUUCGUGCUCCUUGACAACUAAACAGGGUGGUAAAAAAACAAAAACACAGCUUCAUACUUCCAAUAUCUAGGGACCUAAAACAUUGAUAUGUAUGGCUAGGAAAUUUUGUCAGAAGGAAAAUGAUACCAAGAACUCCCGAUUCGGUUCAGUAGUUUUAAUUCCAGCGCCAUUUUUGUGAACCAAAGUCAGGGGUUAUUUGGUCUUGGAUGUAUAACACAAACAUGAUGUGUGCGAUAAUCCUAAUUAGAGCCCCUGCUUUUGGUUCACAAUAAUGUCGCUGGCAUCAAAACUACUGGACCAAAUUAGGAGUUCUUGGUAUAAUUUUCCUUCCAACAAAAUGUCCUAGCCAUAUAUAUCAAUAGUGUAUGUCUCUUAAUAGUUGAAGUAUGGGGUUGCGUUUCUUUGGACCACCCUGUAUUGUUGAAGAUAUGUGUGAAGUAGAUUUUGUACAUUUUGCGUUUUAUUUAGACAAUUUCUUUUUAGCUUCCGCGGAUUGCAUUUCACAGCACUGAAAAUUUACUGACAUUCAAAUGGAAUUACUGAUGACCUGUAUGAAUUUUGAUUGAAAUGAUGUCCAUGUGAUCUUUGUUACACAACACAAGGCGCAAUACUUUUGUGCACUUAAAGCCGAUUUACACAUACGUGACUUUGUCGCGCGACAAUGUCGUGCGUUUUUUAUAAAUACGCACACAUCAAUGAGUGUGUUUACAUUAACGCGAUUAAGUCGUGCGUCUCAUCACUCAUUCAUUUGUGCGUAUUUGUAAAAAUAACGUAUAAAAACCAAGGCGCUAUAUUUUUGUGCCCUUAAGGCCGAUUUACACAUACGUGAUUUGUCGCGCGACAUUGUCGUGCGUUUUUA